CCGCGCCAGGACCACCACGACUACGACGACGACGACCCUCGACGGCGACGACGACGACCAACGACGAUAAUGUGACCACAGGGUAGCCGUAACGAAAAACGAAUAACUGCGAGAAGAGAUGUGACGGAACGGCCCACGAGGACACGUGUAUGGGAGAAGGGGGCUACACCUCUCUCAUCAUGGCAGCUGAAGAAGCUUCGCAAGCAUGAAGAUGAGGGUGCUCGGGCGCUGUUGCCGCCCCGUUUUUCGCGUCUGACAUGGCGGAUAAAGUCAUUCUGUGUCGUAUUACAGGAUGAGCCACACACGCUGAUUCCGUCCGGAACUGGAACAGUCGUCGAUCACUGGUGGACAAUGCAAGGUUGAUAUCCGAUAUUGUUCCUCUUGGGCUUCGAUCGGACGGUGUGAAUAGCAGGGAGUGGCUCUGGAUUUUGCACUGUCGGUUGAAGAUCUAGGUUGUUGAAGAUCAGGAUCAUUUAGAGGGAGUAGCCGGGCAAGUGCGCAUGACGCAACAGCUCAGCUACAGCUACAGCUACAGCAAGGGCAACAGCAACAGCAGCUAUAUACCGUUUGGACAGUCUGGCUGAAGCUGGGUAUGGAGGGGAAAUGGGCAUAUGAUCGUGCAUCCUCUGAGACUGGAGCGUUGAUGAGUCAGCAUCUGUUAUCGGAAAGGGAGAAUCUGAGUCAGCAUCUGUUGUGUCAAACACAUAGGUGUAAUGGUCCUUGCCACAAAGGCUGCUGUCAGCCCCCUUCUUCUGGGUUUGUCACUGCAAGAUCGACAGCAACAGGAGCCGGAAUAACUGCCACAGACUCUGAGCGACGGUCCUCUGGAGUAGUACUUGGAUGCAGCAACCAUUUCGUCUCCAGGGGUGACCCAGAUAGUCACCUCCAUACACCCAGGCUAGAGGAUGUCCACCCACCGAACGGGCUGUCUAUAGGGGGUUGGGCAAUAAUCAAGCAGCUGCAGCAGCUCCAGAAAAGUAGUAGGGUUGAUGUGAACGAGGUUCAGAACGGUGGAAAAAGGUCAUGGGAGAACUACGAUGAUCCUGUGGUGAGCGAACUGGUAAGGAAUCAGAUCCCAUGCAAAGUCAACACGAUGAAGGAAGGAGGUCCCAUCAAUCUGCUCAAGCAGUGUGCAGAGGCGGAAUCCAACAGAGGAGGGUACUGGUCACGGGUAGCAUUGUCUGGGCAUGUUGAUCAUUAUGAGAGCAAGAAGAGGGACGACCUGGGCUGGGGAUGCGGAUGGCGCAACAUUCAAAUGCUCUGUUCCAACCUGAUAAAGACACGGGAGGAUGCGAAAAGAACUCUGUUUGGAGGGAGUGGAUUUGUGCCAUCAAUAAAGGAUCUGCAGCAGUGGCUAGAGGUGGCGUGGCGGUCGGGUUUCGACGUGGUUGGUGCCGAGCAACUGGGUUGGAAGGUUUAUGGGUCGAAGAAAUGGAUUGGCACGACGGAGUGUGCCGCGCUUUUGCGCUUCUUCGGGCUGCGGGCGAGGAUCGUUGACUUCAAAUAUACAGGGAGCAGUAAGGUGGCGGUGGGAACCUGUGCGGGAUUGACGGAGAGGAGUAGCAAUGAAAAGGAGGAGGCCUGUACAUCAGAGGUUCGCCCAGGACGGACAACAGGAGGGCGGGAGAGGCAAGGUUCGACCUGGGUUGACGGCGGGACCCGCUCAGGCACACCAACUCUGAGUGGGAAGCUGAAAAAGUGGGGAAGCUGGAAGGAGUUGUUCCUUGCUCCUGCCUCGUCGGCCCGAGGGAUGCCACGUCAAGUCUGGCAGAGUUUUGAUGACAUAAGUCUUGCGCAAGCGUUGUCGGCAAGCCUGUCUUCCAAUCCACCGAAAACGCAGGCUGUGCACACAUCAGUGUACUGUGAUGGGUGUGGUAUGAAUCCAUUGACAGGACCUCGGUUCAAAAGCAUACUACAGAAGAAUUUUGAUCUGUGCCUUGGUUGCUGGGAAGUGCUGGACACGAUUGGGGAAGAUCACAUGUUUGGGAGGAGGAGCGAUUAUCUAAGGAUAGAGAGACCAAGUGGCAAACGGGAGGCUUGGCCAGGGAAAAAGGGGAAGAAAUGUGGAAACUGUUGUGAAGGACGGGCUCUGCCAGGAACCAACCCCGGGUCAGCAAGUAAGCUGAUGCCAGAAGGAACCAACCCGAGGACUACUACCGGAGGUCUAAUUGCUGGGGAUGACCCCAUCCACAUGACCCUUGUGGAAUGGGUGUGGCAAUACUUUACGGAGGGACGGAAAGGGUGUGGGAGGGGCCUGGCGAGCGACAGCCAUGGCAAAUCAGCCAGCACGUAUGACCGGUUCAUGGGAAGCCCUGUAAUGAUGACCAAUAAGCCGCCUUUGUACUUCCAGCAUCAGGGGCAUUCCAGGACCAUUGUUGGGAUAGAGAGGAGAAGGCACAUCACAAAGGCAACAGAGGAGGUUUUCCUUUACGUCCUGGAUCCGUCACAGGCCCGGAUCGCCGCCCUUUUGAGAGAGAAGAAAGAGAAGAAAGAGCUCGUUAAACAGGCGAAAUUGAAAGCAAUCGCGGAGGAGCAGGCGGCGAAGAAGAAGAAGAUAGAGGAGGAGAUGAUGAGGCUGCAAAAGGAGAAGAUGCUGAGGUUGCAGCAGGAGGAGGAAGAGAAGAGGAAGGCUGCCGAGGAAGAAGCAGCAGCAGAAGAAGAGGAGGAAGUAGAAGACGAAGAACCCCUUGAGAGAAGGCGCAAGGAGGGAAGAGGCGAGGCAAGUGGCACGAAGGGGGAAGACACAUGGAUGGAAAAGAAGAUUACAGAGUGGGUGGCUAAUUUAUCGUUAGGGGAGGAUGAGGAGGCACAGUUGUACGUGCCGCAGGAGGAGAGAGAAGCGUUUGCCAGGGAGUUGGAGACGACAGAAGAUCCCCUAGAACGCCAGACAACAAAAGAUGAAAAGAAACUGAAAUGGAAGUUGCAAAUGAUGAGGGAGAAGAAAAGGAAGAGAGAGGAGGCCAACAGGGUGGCGAAAGAAGUAGAGAGGGUUCAAGCCUGUAGACAGGAGGUGCAGACACAAGCUGAUGUCCCCGCCAAAUUGGAUAAGAUUCUAGGGUACCUAGAGAUUUUGAGCAAGGCCUGGAUAGAAGAACAUCAGGCUGUCAAGGGUCAAGAUGUGACCUUGCACGCCAUCCGAUCUGGGUUUAGAGAGUUCGCGCGCGACGUGGUGACCCACUUCAGGACUGAGGUUAAGAAACUAAAGGAAGGCGCAAAGAAGUUAUAUGCUGGCGCCAUUGAGGGCGCCAAAGUUGUGGCCACAGUAGAGGCCGCCACACGUCCCCGCAAGGAGCAUGUGAAGCUCAAAUUUCCUGAUUCCGACAGCGGGAAGAAGGACGAUAGUUUUGAUAAUUGGGAGGCUAGCGUAAACACUUAUGUUUAUUUGCAGCAUAUUGCCCCCGAGGAGCAAGUCCUUGUGACCUUCCAUGCACUGAAGGACGAAGCGGCUAGCUUCGCCAGGUCCCUUGCGCACGCUGCUGACUGCGAACAUAAUAUGAUCGCGUAUCAUCAGAUAGAGGUCCACCCUGAUGACCAGUACAAGACAGCGUUCCGGACUAGAUAUGGGCAUUAUGAGUUCAUAGUGAUGCCCUUUGGACUGACCAAUGCGCCAACUACAUUUCAGCUAUGUAUGAAUGAUCUGUUUAGGCCUUGGUUAGAUAGAUUCGUAGUAGUCUACUUAGACGAUAUCUUAGUGUUCAGUAGGACCCUCCAAGAGCACCAGGGUCAUUUGAGGCAGGUCUUGGAGAAGCUGAGGGAGGCUAACUUCAAGAUUAAUGCGAAGAAGUGCGAGUGGGCCAAGACACAAGUGCUGUACUUGGGCCACGUGUUAGACGGAGAUGGCAUUAAGCCUGAGGACAGUAAGAUAGCGGCAAUUAGAGACUGGCCAACGCCUCGCACGUUGACUGAGUUGCGGUCGUUCUUAGGCUUGGCUAACUACUAUAGGAAGUUCGUGAGGAACUUUUCGACAAUCGCUGCUCCCCUUCGCAGGUUGCUCAAGAAAGAGGCAAUCUGGCAAUUGGAUAAGGACUGUACGUCUGCGCUAAAGAAGUUGAAGCGCGCGUUGAUAGAGUAUCCUGUCCUCAAAGUAGCAGAUCCGUCCUUGCCAUUUGUCGUCACCACGGACGCAAGUCAGUAUGGGAUAGGCGCCGUGUUACAGCAGGAUGACGACAAUGGCUACAGACCCGUAGAGUUCAUGUCAGCGAGGAUGCCCUCAGAGAAGGUUGCUACCUCGACGUACGAGAGGGAACUCUACGCUCUCAGGCAGGCCUUAGAGCACUGGAAGCAUUACCUGCUGGGGAGGCACUUCAAGGUGUAUUCAGACCAUGAGACACUUAGAUGGUUGAAGACACAGGCCAAGAUGACACCAAAGUUGACUAGGUGGGCCGCUGAGAUAGAUCAGUAUGACUUUGAGCUCAAGCCAGUUAAGGGCAAAUACAACGUAGUUGCGGAUGCUCUAAGUAGAAGAUCGGACUACUUUGUGGCUAUAGUUCACUAUCUGGACAUAGGGAGUGACCUGCAAGAGAAAGUGAGACAGGCGUAUGCGCAAGACCCUAUCUAUAGCGACCUCCUCAAAAGAGUCAAGGAGGCCCUAGAGACCGAACCAGACUACCGCACUACAGAGGGUCUGUUAUUUGAAAAGACUAAUGUAGUAGACCGCCUGUGCAUUCCCAACAGUGAGGAGAUCCGCAGUUUGAUCUUAGGGGAAUGUCAUGACACAGAGGGACAUUUCGGUUGGCAAAAGACUUUAGCCAACCUAAUGCAUGCGUAUACAUGGCCAGGAAUGAAGAACGACUGCAUAGAGUAUGUCCGCAGUUGCAAAGUCUGUCAGAGGAACAAGACUACUACGCGUGCUCCUCUAGGUCUACUCAGACCCUUACCUAUUCCUGAUCAGCCAGGAGAUUCAGUGUCCAUCGACUUCAUGGACGCUGGUGUCAAGAGUAGGCACGGCAAGAGCCAAGUCAUGGUCGUAGUUGAUAGAUUUAGCAAAUACGCAGUUUUUGUUCCUUUGCCUGCAGAGGCACGUACAGAGUUAGUGAUUCAGAAGUUUUUCGACUUUUGGGUUAGUGAGCAUGGAGUCCCGUUGUCUAUAGUUGGCGAUAGAGAUAGUCGCUUCACUAGCCAGAACUGGCAAGAGCUGAUGAGAGUCUAUGGAUCUAAGUUGUUAAUGUCGUCUGGCAGCCAUCCAGAGACUAACGAUCAGACUGAGCAGAUGAACAAGAUCCUACAGCAAGUUCUGCGCAUGUACAUUAGACCAGAUCAAGUCAACUGCACUCCCAAUGAGUUGCACAAGUCCUUUAGGCCGCGCAUACCGUUUGAAGGGCUUAACCGGGAUCAGAUUCAUAGGCUACCGCCAGGUACCAGGGAGUUCGCGAUACAGCAUGAGAGAGAGAUAGCCAUUGUUGUUGAGAACCUUAGGAAGGCCCAGCACCGAAUGAUAGAACAGGCUAAUAAGCACCGUCGCCCGUCACAGUUUCAGCGCUCCGAGGAGCUCAUGAUCUGCCUACGCCAGAGAAGAGGAUGGCAAAGACUUGUGAAGAGGGCGGUACAGACACUUCGCAAAGCGGAGUACCAGGUAUGCUAUGUGGACCCGGGCAUUGCAUCGGUGGAGGAACGAGAUCGCAUGAAAGAGCUGGACAGCAUUCUGCAAUCAUACUGAUCGUAGUGUCAGCUGGAGAUUGAGAAACGCUUUCUGCGUGGCGGUGCAUGGAAGGCAGCAAUUGAUGUCGCGAACUUGGAAAUCCCGUCUUUUGCAACUGUGUGUGGGGGGAAGGAGAAAGCAGCCUGAAGUCAAGACAUCAGGUGAUGACUCCUAUUCUCAGGGCAGGCAGGUAGGUGGGUAGUGGGGGGUAGGGCAUCCAGCCGGGUUCUUUCGGGUCGGAAUGGGCCAGCUGGACCAUCUGAGCAGGCGUGGGUAUAACUCCAGAAAAAGGGUUCUGAAAAGGACUGUCCGCGUGUUUGCUGACAGCGGCAGACCGCUUUCCGACUCUUUGCCCACAGCUGUCCUGAUGGUCCUCGGGCGGACGGUCGGACCCAAGAAAACCUGGCUGAGUGCCCGGCCCUGCUACCUACCGUCUUCACCUGAAUUGAACGGGCCCGGUCAUUACUAUAUACCCGUAGUUGGGGCAACUUUCAAUCUUAGGUGCGGCGGUCAUGACGGGGGGUUCUAUUCAGGUGAGGAUGGUAGGUACUGGCUUUCCCAGCUCCUCGUGGAUGUGGAUGAGUCGUACGGCUAUGGAAUCGUCACACUGCGGUCUUAUGGCAUUGCUGUUUGCUCAAGGGAAAAGGCGGUGCAGAGAGUAUCGACUCUGGAUUGAUGGGAAGAAGACACAGUAGACAGUGGAAUGGACGACUUGGACGAAUCCUCCUCGGCCCUCUUUGUGUUGUCGAGAGAAAUCGCGAAGAGGGGCAGCAGAGGGUUUUGAUGGAAGACAUGCAGGUUACGAUGAUGGACUGGAGCAGAGUGUCCGACUGCUUGCUUUUCGUGCGAACAUCACGGGUAAUCAGAUUGAUGCAAUCGUGACGUUCUCAGCAACGCAGUCGUGGCAUUCUUGAAGAUGCCGGUUUGUUCGUUCUUGAUCUUCCCUCCAUUAUACUAAACACGCAUGUCAGUGUCUGUAGCAGCAUCUGCUCAGUGAAUCCCAAAGAGUUAUGGGAAUGCAAUUGCAUCGUGAUAUGCUUGCUCCUCGUGUUUCUUUUUCUUCCUUGCUUGCUUGCUGUUCAAAUAUCCGUGUAGUUUGACUCUUUGUGCAGCCUACGCCUUUACCUCCGUUCUGUUCUGCCCGCUUCUUCUCGUGAAGAACUACCAUCUUCACCUGAAUGGAUCGCACGGUCAUUAAAGCUCCAUUUGGGUUGCAACAGCUUUCAGUCUAAGAACAGCGAUAAUGACCGGGCGUGCGUUCGACUUGGGCGAAGGCGUAGGUUGUGUCCUAAGACUCCUAACUAAUGUGAAAUACACUGAAAGUUCACUGCUCUCUUUUAGGCCGGUGUCAUUCUUUUCUUUUCACAAAGGGUAGCGUCGCCGACGUUGUUUUUUUUUCCAUCAGGAUUUGAAGUUUGAACUCAUGAUCUGUUCAUCAUCGAUUACAUGUGUGUAUACCAUGCAUCAACAACGC